AUGGGCGCAUGUACGAGCAAAGUUACCGUCGAGGAAAAGAUGUCUCGUUAUGUUCCGACCGCCCAAAAACUGGUAGACGCAUUUUUCGGAGAGAACGAGUCCACAUCGAGCGCUGAGGCAGGAGCUUUUUUUUCGUGUCUCUGGGGAGCCUCGCGUGAUGUUCUUCUUUGCAACAGCGAGGAGGCAACCGAUUUUCUUAAUCGCUCGUGCGAAGCAAAUCCAAAAUCGGCGGUGGCACUGGAUUCGUACCUUUUCUUAUCAAAGGGCAGGCACGUUGUGUGGGACUUGAAUCGUGCGAUGUUCAUGACAAUAUGGAUGAAGUAUGACGCCGAUAACAGUGGGGACAUUAGCCUCUGUGAACUUGGUAAACUUGUCAAGGGUUUGAAUUUCUCCGAAGACCUCUCCAAGGAACUCACAGCUACGGUAAAAGCUGCAGGUGGAAAUGUGAACUACGCCUUUUUGGAAAAGGCGUAUCUUUCCUUGACGAGGCUGGACGAACUUGAAUACGUGUUUCGAAGUAUUGCCGGCCCAGAAAGGGACAGCAUAACGAGGGAUGAAUUCAACUCAUUUCUUUGCGAUUCUCAGGGGGAGGAGCGGGAUGGGGCUCACGUGAAGGAUAUUUUGAACUCUCUAUUUGCCGUCCACACAGGUGAGGUCCAUCUAAACGCCUUCCUCGCCUUUCUAGGGGAUCACCGUUUCAACAGCAUUUUGGAUGGCGAAAAGACCUUUAAGGUAUACCAUGAUAUGAAUCAGCCAAUUUGCAACUAUUUUAUCAAUUCCUCACACAAUACAUACUUGACUGGGGAUCAAUUGACAAGCAAGUCAUCGACAGAGAUGUACAAAAAAGUUCUGCUUGAUGGAUGCCGCUGCGUGGAGUUGGAUUGCUGGGAUGGCUUUGCGGGUGAGCCUGUCGUCUAUCACGGUCAUACACGAACAUCCAAGAUAUCGUUUCGCUCCUGCAUACACGUGAUCAAGGAGAACGCCUUUCGGGUUUCGCAGUACCCAGUUAUUCUUUCUCUCGAGGUUCACACAAGCCCUGCCCAACAAGAUCGAAUGGCGGAUAUUAUGUGCCACACCUUUGGGGAGAUGCUAUUCCAGAGCCCGUGGGGCCCGCAGGAGCCUCCGACCUUUUUGUUUUCUCCAGAGAACCUAAAGAGGAAAAUACUCGUAAAGAGCAAGCGUGCAGCGUCGGCGUCGUCCGAUGCUGAAGCGGGGAAGACGGACAGCGAGGAAACGGAGGAAAACGAGGAGGAGGAGGAGGAGAGGAAAAGACUGGAGACCAAUCACGCCUACAGGCAGUUCAAGGAGGGAAAGAGGAAGGAGCAGAAAACGAAGGAAAGAAGGUUUUCGGAAAAGCUCUCACGUAUCGUUUCCAUUGAGUCUGCUGGAUUUAAAGGCACUGAUGACAUGUCCUACCUAGAGGAACGACAAGCGUACCAGUGCACUUCUCUGGUUGAAUCCAAGGCAAAAAAACUCGCCCUAACAAAGGCGGAGGAGUUUAAAUUGAUUAACCGGUAUUGUCUUACCCGCACCUACCCCGCGGGAUCGCGGUUUGACAGCAGCAACUACGAUCCCCAAACCCUUUGGAAUUGCGGCUGCCAAAUUGUGGCACUCAAUUGGCAAUCGAGGGAAACCUAUGAAUGGAGACUUAACAGGGGAUUUUUUUCCGACAAUGGAAAUUGCGGGUACUUGUUGAAGCCUAAAAGCCUGCGUUUGAAGACUGGGCUGCGCCGCGGGUCCCAGGUGCGGUCAUUUAGUUUGGAAAUUAUUUCUGCCUUUUGCCUCCCUAAACCGAACCGCGCCAAUAAGGGCGAGAUUGUGGAUCCUUUUAUUAAGUGUUUUAUUGAGGGUCCAGACGGCAAUAGCAGCCCAAAGACCACGGGGACGAUUCGCAACAACGGCUUUCAUCCGGUAUGGCGGGGAAAAGGUCUGCAGAAUGAGUUUUCGUGGGAUGUGCAGGACUGGGAACUCUCCACACUUGUCGUGCAGAUUUAUGAUGAGGACAAACACACCCGCAACGAUUUUCUGGCAGAGUCUAUUUUGCCGUUGCGUGUGCUAAAAAAAGGCAUUCGACGGAUUCCAAUACAUGACAUUAACGGAGUUGACAUCUUUGGUUCAUUUCUUAUCUGCUCCGUGAGUUUUUUUUGA